UGAUGGCUGAGCUCAGAAGCUCAUGAAUGCUUACAUGAAAUAUCCUACAGAUACUUCUACUGAUCAGUAGUAGCCCAGGUGAACUAAGCGUGUCCUAAGAUGGCAGUAGAUCUGCAGUAUGAACCAGUCUGCAGAAGUGAGUUGAUGCCACAUUUGUUGGUGUCUUGGUGGCUUGAUGGCUCUCAAUUAUUCUGUCUUUAAACCAAAGCCAUCUACCAAAGCAAUAAAAGGACAGUGCAUAAUCUGACUACAGAAUGUUAUUUCCAAAGAAGUGAACUGUGAAGAAAGGACUCAUGAAUUUUGAUCACAGGGGCUUGGAGAGCGUCUCUGAUGUCUGCUCCAGUGAGGACCUUCCUGAGGUAGAGUUGGUGAGCAUGCUAGAAGAACAGCUGCCAGAUUACAAGUUACGAGUGGACUCUCUGUAUCUGUAUGAAAAUCAAGACUGGAUUCAGUCCCCUGCCUGCCAUGGCCAUCUUCCUGAAAUCACUUCUCCAGUUCAUGAUGAGGAGCCCUUCCGUUACAUGAUUAUUGGCACAGAUAAUGUGGAGCAGAAAACCUACAGUGAUGCUGACAUGGUCAAACAUCUGUUAGCUGAGAAAGAUCGGGACCUGGAACUGGCAGCUCGAAUUGGACAAGCCCUCCUUAAGCGAAACCAUCUGUUGAUGGAACAGAAUGAAGCACUAGAAGAACAGUUAGGACAAACUCUAGAUCGAGUUAACCAGCUGCAGCAUGAACUGUCAAAGAAGGAUGACCUGCUUCGGAUUGUUUCGAUUGCUUCUGAGGAGAGUGAAACAGAUUCCAGCUGUUCCACACCACUUCGUUUCAAUGAGUCUUUCAAUGUAUCACACGAUCUGUUGCAGCUGGAUGUCUUGCAAGAUAAACUCAGAGAGCUGGAAGAGGAGAACCUUGCUCUCCGAUCAAAGGCUUGCCAUCUGAAGACAGAAACCAUUACAUAUGAAGAGAAGGAACAGCAGCUGGUCAAUGACUGUGUCAAAGAGCUCCGACAAACAAAUGCUCAAAUUUCCAGAAUAACAGAGGAGUUGUCAGAGAAGAGUGAGGAAUUAGUUCGCUACCAGGAAGAGAUCUCAUCCCUCUUGUCUCAGAUUGUUGAUCUGCAACAUAAACUCAAAGAGCAUGUGAUUGAAAAGGAGGAGCUGAAACUUCACUUACAAGCUUCCAAAGAUGCUCAGAGACAACUGACAGCAGAGCUACAUGAGUUGCAAGAUCGGAAUGCAGAGUGUCUGGGGAUGUUGCACGAAUCACAAGAAGAAGUGAAGUUGCUGCGCAGCAGAGCCAGCUCUAUUUCUUGUCUCUGCCACCCCCAAUCAUGUGGAGCAUUUCCUGUGGAUUCCCUUGCAGCAGAAAUUGAAGGGACAAUGCGGAAGGAAUUGAAUAAGCGUGAUGAAUCUGUUCUCUCAAAGCAAAAGGGUCAACAGAAACGAGUAUUUGACACUGUCAAGGUUGCUAAUGUCACUCACGGCCGCUCAUCUUCCUUUCCUGCCCCACUGCCAAUCCCUGGAUCUAAUCGGUCAAGCGUUGUUAUGACAGCAAAGCCCUUCCAGUCUGGUGUACACCAAUUGGAGAGCCACACACGGAUGACCCAGAGGACCAGCUCUGAGAAGAAUGUGAAAGACACUCAUCAUACCGGCCAGCCGGGAACCCCUGGAGACAAUGACUUAGUCACAGCUCUGCACAGACUCUCCCUCCGUCGUCAGAACUACCUGAGUGAGAAGCAGUUCUUUGAGGAGGAAUGGGAGCGAAAAAUGCAUUUGCUGGCUGAGCAGAAAGAAGGGGCUAGUGGCUGUAGUACACCGACAGAAAGCUGUUUUUCCCUGGGUGCAAACUCAGAAUUCACUGAUCUCUCUGCCAGCUCUAGUAAUCUCCGUGUCCUCCUACCAGAAAAAUUGCAAAUUGUCAAACCCAUUGAAGGAUCUCAGACUCUGUUUCACUGGCAGCAGCUUGCUCGACCCAACCUAGGCACCAUUCUUGACCCAAGACCAGGUGUUGUUACAAAAGGUUUUACCCCUCUGUCUGAUGAUACGGUGUACCACAUCUCAGACUUGGAGGAGGAUGAUGAGGAAGAAGGUGAAGGAGGUAUAACUUUUCAAGUGCAACAGUCCUUCCUGGAGAAAAAGAAAUGUACAGUAGCAAAGCCAGUGGCAGGGAUUUUCCUGCCACCUAUUACUUCAGCAGCAGUACCGCUCACUGUUGCAGCCUCGAAUCCAGGGAAGUGUCUGUCUUCCACAAAUUCCACGUUUACCUUUACUACCUGUAGGAUCCUUCACCCAUCUGAUGUCACUCAAGUUACUCCCAGCUCCAUGGGUGCCCCAUUUUCACUUGGAAAUACUGUCAGCAGUAUUGGAAAUCCAGUAGUGAGCACUCCAGCUGUGUCUUACGGCCUUAGUAUUGGAGAAUUUCUCACCAACAGAAGAGAUUCAACUACUACCUUCAGCAGCACAAGCAGUCUGGCUAAACUUUUGCAAGAACGAGGCAUCUCUGCUAAGGUUUAUGAUAGCCCUGUAUUAGAAAAACUGCCUUUGCUACAGCCCCCUCGAACUCUCCUUAUUCCUUCUACUCCACCAAAUUCUCCCUCACGUUCACCUUGUCCUUCCCCUCCACCAUUUGAGCCUCGAGCACAUCACUCAGAAAAUUUCCUGGCUUCUCGACCAGCAGAAACAUUCUUGCAAGAAAUGUAUGGCCUAAAGCCCUCCCGUCAUGCUCCAGAUGUAGGCCAGCUGAAGAUGAACCUAGUGGACAGGCUGAAGAGGCUGGGUAUUGCCAGGGUGAUCAAGCCCCCUGAGAAGCAGGACCACAGGAAGAAUCAGGGCCCAGAGGUCAGCUUGCAGAGGCAGGGCUCUGCUGUGUUUUUAAAUGCAGGUAGCAACUUAAUGGCAGGACUGAGAAGAAACCAGAGUCUUCCAGCCAUGAUUGGAGCAUUGGGAGCUCCAGUUUGCACACAGUCAUCAAAAAUGGAUAUCCUAAAGGAGGACUGA